AUGAGAUCUUCGGUACUUGGGUUUUAUAUCUAUUUAUUCUUCCUGCUCUCCCUGCUCUUCACUGCUCACCUCAAAGGUGCAUCUGAGGCUCAGCCCAUCUCUCGGUCAGAACUGGCGGAUUUCAAGGAUCUUCUGGAGCGCUUUGAAAAUAAACUGGAGUUGGCAGAAAGAGGAGGACGUGAACAAGAUCUGGAUGAACCUAAUGAGGAACUGGUGGGAGACGCAGCCCAGCCUGUCUCUUCCUGGGACGGCGAAUAUCCGAGACCGCAAAAGGAAGGCGGCAUGAGCCGCGUCAACUGGCAGUCUCAGGAAAGAGCGCCAGGAGCUGUGCAGAACAAACUGGGGGGGUUUCUCAAUGCCCCCCGCAGGGUAUCCAACUGCUUUGGACAACGGCUGGACAGAAUAGGGUCGGUGAGCGGACUUGGAUGCAAGAGGAGUCACACUCUCUGUGAAAACCAGAUUUGGCGAAGGGGAGGGGAGGGCCGGACUGUGGCCGCAGAGGAAAAGCCGGGUGGCAGCGAUGCAGGGAGGGUUAUGCCAGGGCGAGGGAAACAGCCACCUGCCGAGGACAAAGGAGCGGGCAUGAACAAUACCACCCCUGGCCCUUCCAGGCGGCGUCUGGCUGAGACAACAGGAAAACUCAGAAGUUAUACGGGGACGCGCUGCGGGUCACCCUAG